UCUCUCUCUCUCACUCUCUCUCUCGCACACACACACAUAUACAUAUAUACACACGCUCACCCUCCCACCUCUCAAGCCAUUCCUUCAAGAGAAACUCCUUUUCUCCUUACAACAAGGUUCUGGGUGGCUGAAAGAGGGAGAAAGAUUAAACAUCAGACUACUGCUAAAAAUAAUUAAUCCUCCAACAAUCCUAUGAAGGACUUUCCUUACAGUAUCUAUCUCCCCACUCACAGACACCUAAUGUAACACAGAAGAAGAUCAUUUGUCAGGAACAUAUAUCAAGAGCUUCUGCAGACUGGGACUGAACGAGGCAUGAAAUGAUGGAAAUUUCUGAAGAACGUUAAAUUUCUAUAAGGUUAGUCCAGGGAAAGUGGGGAUUUAUAUUUUACUAGUUAAGAAAAUAUCAUGCCUUUAAAGACAUGUAUGCUAAUUGGCUAGUUAUAUAAUGAAGCAUUGAUACAUUCUGACAGCUCUUGGACUUGGAAGACAUUAAGGAGAGAUUUGACUGUAGCAGUGGACAAAUUAACCUGCACCAGUUCUGUCAGCUCAGCUGGCAUGUACACCACUUGCCAGAAAGCUAUGACUUUUUAUAGCACAAAAUUAAAGAGUGCCACAAUGAAUAUUUCAAUAGACCUUUAAAUCUGUACAAACAACAUUAAAGGAAAUAUAAUAAAAGGAAAAUUUGUCACUGGAGUAUUAUAAAUCAACGUGGUCCUGUUAGGAAAAUGGUUGAAAAUAAAGAUUUUUCACUGGAUCUUUAAGUGGCCGAAGGGAUGUGACAAUUCAGCUCCGGCAAUGUCCAGUAUGGGAUGGCGUGGUUAACAAGACUCUGGGCAGCGGCUACUAUUUCGGUAAGACCUAUCUAGUGGAUUUUUGCAUUAGUUAACUAUUCUGCCCCAAUGGAAGACACAGAUUUAAGCAAAGUUGCCCAGUUUUUAUGGCUUUGCUCUUUCAACCGUGGAUCUGAUUUAAGGAUACGCCAACUCAGUAUCAAGUAACAGUCUGGAUGGUCCGGGCUAAAGGAAUCCAACCUUUUUGACACUUUCAUGUCUGGAUUUGCCAUCCCACCGCCUGAGAUCCUUCUGCCAUACAUCUGCGUCUCAAUGCCUUGAUUGUCCUUAAGAUGAAGGUAUGGAAGAGGGCAGCUACUGUUUUGAUUCUCCUCUGUGCUGUGUUGUCCCUUUUGGUCUAUGGCGAAGUCUUCUACAGGAGAUGGACAUUCAAUUCGGCCUCCUUCUCCUCACGGUUGGCCAUGCGCUCAACUUUAAAUGGCCAAAGAAGAUUCCCUCGAGGCCUGGAGCGCAAACAGCCAAUGAUUUCUCAAUACACAGCUCUUUUCGAAAGCUACACACAAGCCGAGAUUCGGGAGCUUGUUUCUACUUUGGUAGAAAGGUACAGCCAGUCUGCACACUCUGGAGACGACCCAAAAAAUGGUGCCAGGAUGAAGAGGGCCCGAGUACGCAAACAACCUUGCACCCUCAAGGAACUAGAGGUGAGCGUAAGCGAACUUGGCUUGGGCUACAUAUCCGACGAAACUGUCUUGUUCCGUUAUUGCAGUGGUACCUGCGAAGCCGCUGUGCGCAAUUACGACCUUUCUUUGCAAAGCAUACGAGGCAAGAAGAAGAUAAAAAAAGACAAGGUCAGAGCCCGACCUUGCUGCAGGCCAACAGAGUACGAGGACGAUGUGUCUUUUCUGGACUCCAAAAACCAUUACCAUACCAUCAAAGAGGUCUCUGCAAAGGACUGUGGCUGUGUUUGAUGAAAAUGUAGGGUGGAGAACCAGAAGUAACUAGCCUAACAGUAAGGUGACCUCCCUAUAGAGAGCCAGUGUUCUCUCCCUGGAGCCAGUAUGCCCAAUGGGAACAAAAGGUCACAAAGUAGUAUUAAUUGUCUACCUCACUCAAACCUUUCAAAUGGAAAUCAGCUUUGUGACACAAAAGCAAAGAAGGACUAAGUAAACAAGAUUAUGGAAUUGCACAAUAUUAUGGCACCCACAGAAAAAGAGGUCAGCAUCUCUCUGAGCAUUUCUGCUGUUGAUAUGAAGGAUCUGGUAUUAGGGUGGAAAUACCAAGCUACAAAUAAAAAAAAUUAACUUUUUAAAAACAAAUAUCACAAUAUAUUUAAGAAUGCUCACUGCUCAUGUGUUUUCAACUAUUUUAUAUAACAGUGACCAAGCUGAAAUGAGAUGUAGAGUUUCACAUCAGCAAGACAUCACCAUUCAGUAGACCAAAUCUAUAGUACGAGAGUGUAGUAAACAAUCAAGAUUAAUAUGAGGUAUCAGAAGACCAUUGCAUCUAGCUUUGUCAUUUCCCUACCAGAAAGGAUGUAGGUAACUACACUGAGCAGAUAACAUAGUGAUUGCGACUUUGGUGCCAAAAGCCUCAUAUUCCACAAGUGAAGUUGACUUUUUCCAUUUGUGCUGACCUUUACCUGAGACUGUAAAGACCACUGGUUAUCAACUUUAUUUAACUGUAUACAUAUAUGUAUGUCUGUCAGAAUCAAGGAGUACUUAUACUAUACUGUAUGUUUGUGUAUGGGGGCAUGAGUAUUUUCAAGCUCUUUAAUAAUAAUCUGUAUAGCAGCAGUGGGAAGUUAGUAGUUAGACAAAGUGCUGCCAUUGGUAAUUAAAACACGCUAUAGUCACACAUUCCACAAAAUACUAGUAUUAGUUUAAAAACUGAUUAAUACAGGAAACAAGUACAUCUGUUGGGGAUAUGCAGAAAGUCCUGUUUUAUAAAUGUUGCUUUAUUGCUAAAAUAAUACUGCAUUCAGAGCUGCACUUUGAGGGGAAAAUGGGGGUACAGCAGUCAGGGAUCCCAUGAUAGAAAAGCACAAUUUAUGGGACAUGAAAGUGUGGGGCUUGUGGGUAAAUGGGUGAGCUUUGUGGACAUUGUUGGCAGGGCUUUGAAAUGAUUGGGGAAUGGCCAAGGAACUUGCUGUUAGCUUGUACCACAGCCCCAUCCCACAUAAAAUUGAUUUUAGUUACUAGCCCUUACAACUAAAUGCUUUUAUGGUCCCACAACUUAUAUAAUUUGAUAUAUAGUUUGUCUUGUAAACAUAUUUUGAAAAAACAAUCAAUCAGGACCCCAAUGGGCUUUCUGUACAACUGGGUGACUCAGCAGUCACAAGCUGCUACUGCCCAGUAGUAGACACUUUAUAGAAUAAUGAAAUGCAGUUAUGUUCUCCUGCAAGGGGCAGUAUACAUUGACAGGACAAUAAUCCAUCGCUGCAUCAGUCUGUGCCGAUUAGUGAUGGGCGAAUCUGUGCGAAUUCAUGAAACACAUUGAAGUCAAUGGGCGUCAAAAUAAUUUUCAUGCGCGUCAAUGUUGACAUGCGGAUUUUUCGAAUUUGACAGUUUCACAAAUUAAUUCGCAAUUUGCAGCGAAACGUGGAAAUUUUAAUAUAUUUUUGCCAUAAUCUUCUGCCAAAAUGUCAGAUCAUUCAACAUCUGAAAAUUAGCCCUCCUUAGUCAGCUUGUCAUGAUCUAUUGCUUAUAUGGAUAGACCACCCCCUAGUGGUGUUUGUGUCAGUGCAGGAUCUUUUCAUCUCCAAAAUCAACAUUUUCAAAUAUAGUUUAGGAGCUUGAGCAAUAGAAAGUUUCAAUUACAUGCCUAUGAUACCAAGGAGCUCACUUUAUAUGAAAUCAAGCUUUACUACAUAAAAUCUGGAUAUCAUUCAAAUGAGAUUUGAGCACCACUUAUUUAUAGAAGAGUGAAUCACCACUAUUACUGAUUGAAUCCAAGCUGCGGCAAGCAGACAGAUCAGAGAGAGAAGUAGUAAAAAGGAGCAGGCAGUGACUAAAACAGUCUACAAAGGUUGGGCAGCAGUAUGUCUCUCUUGCAUACAUUCAUUUCCCUAUGACAUUUCUAUAUUAUUUGUAGGGAAUUAACUUAUUAAAAGGAAACCUUACAGCAGAGCAAUCUCUCCAGGCUGUUUUUCAUUCCUUGCUGCCUGCCCCUUUCCUAUGUCUCUACAUAUAUCUAAGCCAGGGUAAACAAACAGCUCAGCAUAUGGAAAUUAAGUUGAUUCAGCUUUUGUUGUAGCUAAGAAAGUCUGAUUUACCACAUGACAUUUUGUCAGGGAAUUCUAGGAUCAACAUCUUGCUCGAAAUGUUUACAAAAACUACAACCACAUGAAAAAUAAAUGCAUUAAAACUGCAGUUUUGGCAGGGUGCAUGAGUCUGACAUUAUCAAGUCCAGAAUCAUUCAGUUUUUACUGCAUAUUAUUAUACUCUACUUAUACCAUGUUGCAUUUGCAUGUAGGCUGGCAAUGCCAUCUCUGAUAGGUGCAAAUAUAGAAGCCUGUGUCAUAUCAUCCAUUCAUUCCCAAAUAUUAAAUAACCAUUCACUUGUUAUAUAACAAUAACACACUGUGUGGUAACCAUCUUUUCUUGCAUUAGCGUAAUUGAAAUAUAUAAAUAUAUACAUAAAUAUAUUAAAAGUUUUGCUAAAGCCAACAAAAGAUAUGUUUAUUUUAUUUCCAUUGUUAUUUAAACCUGUUUUAAGAUUUUGUUUGCUUUGUAAAAAUGUAUUUAUUCCUUUUUAUUCAUCAAAGUU